AUGGCUUCCGAAAUUUCACGGAUUAUGUUCUCAUUACUCAUUGUACUUGUUGCCCUUCUGACAAGUACGAAUUCAGCUCCCGCCUUCUGUAGAGCAUGUAAUAAGAACUGCUUCAUGCCAAUCAACGGAACAGAAGAAAUCAACAGCACUGCGAUCGAUGUCGAUCUACUGCACGAAAUUGAAACAAAUGGCGUUGAAUCAUCUGAAGGUGGAACGAGAAGAACGAAAAGGGAAGUGGAAUUCCGUGCUUGCUCUCGAUUCCAGAUUGAGAUGCUUCUGAUUCCAUUAGCUAUUGCAAUGAUUCCACUUGUUCUCUGUGCUCUUUUCGUGUGCACUUGUUGUUGUGGACCAAAAGAAUCCCGCGGAAAGUUGCCUGCUGAAUUCCUCGCUGCACUUCCAAUGUCAAAGAAGAGAACUGAUAAAUUGGCAUCAGAAGAGAUUGAAUUGGAAUGGGGAGAUGGUUAUGUGGCAAGAAAAGACUCAACAAAAACGAAAUUUUCAACAACAGUUUCAUAUAUUGAGGCCAGAAGAGAGAGUAUUUGGUCAGCAACAAGUGUGGCUAGUGAUACGGCAGCAGAAAAUUUAAAACACGAAUCUGCAAAGUGCGAGACUCAAGCUCAGUUAGCUGCAUCGUCAUCAGCUCCAAAAUUGACAAAAUCAGUAUCAUGUGAUUCUAUCAAAAGGACAAGAUUCUCUGAUACCGUAUCCGUCAUCUCAUUGGAAUCUGGCAGCCGACGAUGA